GGUACAUAUAGUUUGAUGACUCUUUUGACUUCAAAAGGCAUGACCAUCCUCAGCUCAGCCCACGACUGCCUGCAGGCUGGCGAAGCUUGCACCAAUGACCCCAGCUGCAGUUCCAAAUUCCGGACCCUCCGGCAGUGCAUCGCUGGUAACGGCGCCAACAAGCUGGGCCCGGGCGCCAAGAGCCAGUGCCGCAACACGCUGACCACCCUUCUGUCCAGCCAGCUGUACGGCUGCAAGUGCAAACGGGGGAUGAAGAAGGAAAAACACUGCCUGAGCGUCUACUGGAGCAUUCACCACACCCUGAUGGAAGGUCAGUGCGCCCCCCGCCCCCCAUGGAGGAGAUAGUUUGAUUACCUCCAAUAAUGGUGCCUUUCCGCCUCUGCAGGCUCCGAGAACGAGGUCACGCAGGUGAACCGCUGCCUGGACGCCGCCAAGGCCUGUAACGUGGACGCACUCUGCCAGCGACUCCGGACCGAGUACGUUUCCUCCUGCAUCCGUCGGGGGCCCCGGGCCGACCCCUGCAACCGCUCCAAGUGCCACAAGGCGCUGCGGAAGUUCUUCGACCGGGUGCCGCCCGAGUACACGCACGAGCUGCUCUUCUGCCCCUGCGUCGACACGGCCUGCGCUGAGAGACGCCGGCAGACGAUCGUGCCCACCUGCUCCUACGAAGCCAAGGAGAAGCCAAACUGCUUGGCGCCGCUGGACGCCUGCCGGGGAAACUACGUUUGCAGAUCGCGUUAUGCCGAGUUCCAGGUCAACUGCCAGCCUUCUGGGCUCCUCUCAGGAACCGGAUGCCAGAAAGAGAACUACGCCGCCUGUUUAUUGGCCUACACCGGCAUCAUAGGUAGCACUAUCACCCCCAACUACAUUGAUAACUCCACCGCCAACAUCGCGCCCUGGUGCACUUGCAACGCCAGCGGAAACCGGCAGGAAGAAUGUGAACGCUUCCUGCACCUUUUCGUCGACAAUCUCUGCCUCCAAAAUGCCAUCCAGGCCUUCGGCAACGGGACGUAUCUGAGUGCCGCCACCAGCCCAUCCACUUCGCCCACCACCCAGAUGAGGAAGCAGGAGAGAAACACCGACAAAGUGGCUGCCACCCACCAGGAGAACAUUCUGGAACAGCUGGAACCGACCAAGAUGCCUGCGGAAGAGACGCUCUUGCGCGAUGGAUCUCACCUUGGACCUGGCCCCUCGGACGCUGCCCUGGCAUUGACCACCGACCUCUGGAUGGCGGUGGUGAGCUCCGCGGCCACCAGUACUGUCCUCCUGAUGGCCAUGUGA